CUGGGAGCUGUAGUUCCGCGGCCGCACGGGCCCGUUCCCCCGCCGCUUCCCCGAGGGGCGCGGCGGCUCCGUCAGACGCGCUCCGGCCCCGCGGCUUCCCGGCGGGCAGCGCUGUUCCCCCCGGCCGAGCAUGCGGCCGCUGCUGCGGCGGCUUCUCCCCUCGCUGUGCUCGGCGGCGGCCCGAGCCCUGCUCGGCCGGCGGGCCGUGCCCAUGGCGCUGCGGCCGGCGGAGGCAGCCGCGGAGUCGGCAGGGGUCGGAGGCGAUGCCCGGAGCGCGGCCCCGGAGCGCGAUGGGCUGGAAAAUAUACAGCAAAAGAAAAUCUUUAAAGAGAAUAAUGAAAAGACACAACAGAGUGAAGAGCCAUGUGCUGCUGAUUCAAUAGAUUCUCUAAUGGCAGAAAUGCCAUUUGUGGACACAGAUAUUGAAGAUGAAUGUGCUAUGCAUGCAACUUCUGAACUAAGUAUUAAGAAGAAAAGAAAGCGGACUAUUGGAAGGGAAAUUGAAGAAGGCAUUGAGAGAAAAAAGAAAAAGAACAAACAGUAUCAGCCAAAUUAUUUCAUUUCUCUUCCAAUUACUAAUCCAAAGAUUACUGGCAGUAUUCAGGCUGUCCAAGAUGCAAUAAUACAAAAGGAUCAAAGGCUUUCCAAAGCAAUGGUUCGCCCUGGCUCAUUGCAUGUCACCAUGUUAGUGAUGCAUUUAUCCAGUGAAGAAGAAAUUAGUAUAGCAGCUGGUGCUCUUUCUGACAGCAAGGUUUUUGUAAAUGAUCUCCUGAAAGGAAAAAGAGUGGAUUUGUCUUUUCAAGGAAUUGAUCACUUCAGAAAUCAAGUUGGAUUUGUGAAUUUGGCAGAAAAUGAUCAUACAACACUCCUUAAGGAAAUAGCAGAGACUAUGAAAAAGAUAUUUCAAGAAAAGGGUAUCAUGGCAGGAGAAGAAAGAGCUUUUAAACCACAUCUCACCUUCAUGAAGUUGACAAAAUCAACAGAGCUCCGUAAGCAGGUGAAAAAAAUUGACUCUAGUCUGUAUGAUGAUUUCAAAAACCAUUAUUUUGGAGAUGAGAUCUUGCACCGCUUUGAUCUUUGCUCCAUGUUUAAAAAAAAGCAGCCAAAUGGUUACUACUACUGUGAGUCCUCCAUUGUUUUUGGUGAAAAACAAGCAGCAGAGCCAGACGAUGCAGAGCUGGUGAGCCUCAGCAAAAGGCUGGUGGAGAACGCAGUGCUGAAGGCUGUGCAGCAAUAUUUAGAAGAAACACAAAACAAAAGCAGGCAGACUGAUGGGAGCCCUGCAAAAACUGAGGAAGCAGCGAGCAGCAACAAGAAUGAGAGUGACAAUGAUAACAGCAAGUGAGCACUGUGCAAAAAGCCUGGGAGCAAAUAUCCCACCAAGAAUAACUACAAAAACAUGUUCUGCUCCCUGCUGAAAUUUGCAAAGUGGUGCUAGGUGUCAGGCGUUCUGCAUUGUGAGUCUCUUAUCGAAAGUUUGUUCUGAAUCAAAGGACACUGUCUACUGGUUUAAUAAGUGCUUGCACUACUGAAAAUCUGUCCAAUGCUGGGAGGGAUGGACGGUGGAAAAAAGACAAGAAUGGUGAAGCAGGCGGCUCCAGUCUUCACUUGCUCUGGAUACCAAGAGUCCCUUUCUUUCUUUUGAGGAGAAACUGAACAUUUUGCAUUUGUCAUUUGGACUGUCGUGGAUGGUUGUGGAUGAAGCCUUGCCAUAAGUGGAAGCGAUGCCCUGCGCCCGAGGGUUUGGCAGCACUGCAGGGCUGCUUGCUCCGUGUGAGAGCACGUGCUGUUUCCUAGUCAACAGCAGUCAAUACCAAGCUAAAAAUUACCACUGCAGAUACUCAUUGCAGAUACUAUUACACAGUAUGUAAUAAGGCAGGAGUUUCCCUUAAAUGUGAUGCUGUACUGUUCUUUACAUUUUGGUAGCAUUUGUUGAUGUAAAUUAUAUUUUUUGAUGAAAUACCUUUUUAUAAAAAAUCAGUAUGGGUGAAACACUGAGCACUUACUACUGUCCAAACCAGAUAUGAUCUCUUUAUCUCUGUACAUUAAUGAUUCUAAAUCACAUUAGUUGUUAUAAAAUGUAUUAUAUUGUUGUUUUCCUCUAGGAAAGAGCCAUGAAGCAGACUUAGUAAAAGAAGCUUUACGCAGAGAAACGCAGGCCCUGUUACCCAGACUGAAUCAGAUAAAGGAGCUGUUAAUGAGUCCCGAGAUCCGCACAAAAAUUAGCAAAGAACUCUUUGAAGACAGGCACAACCGUAACAGUAAAUGGAAAAGUUGUAUUGACUCUGAGUCUCCAAAUGCAUGACUGUAAAUUGCCAUUGUGGAAAAUCUCAUCAGGUUUUUUAAAGACAAAAUAUUGUGGCAAGAAAUUUUUCAGGUUGGUUUGUUUAGGUUUUUUUAACUGAAAAUGUGAAUGGGUAUAAAAUGGUUCAUGAAGAAGUAUGCUGAAAUACUUGCACAGAAGGAUCAUAUUUCAUAACAACGAAGUAAAGCUGCUUCUCAACACUGUAUUGAAACCUGUUGGAGUGUGCAGGCAUAUGUCAUGACUCCAAAGUAGAACAAUACUGGUUUCAAAUAGAUCUGAGCAAACACUGUGCCCUUCCUUUAUCACUGUAAAUAAUUCAGUUUUUUUCUCAUAUACUCCUUCCCUAACAAUGACGUACAAGUACUAAAAAUUGGUGGUUUUAAAUACUUAAAAAUGUAUAUUUGGGAAAAAAAUUCCUCUUUUAAUUAUCUGCCUUUUGUAUAUGUACUGGCAUUUUGGGUUAGCGUUGUAUGUUUUUUAUUGUUUUUUUAAACAGCACUUGAAUACUUGUAUAGAUGCUGGCAUUUAGUUUCUGCUGAUGUUUACACUAAAGCAAGAAUGUUUUAAAUUUCAGUAUGAAAUUCAGGCUCCACUGAUCUCAAUGGCAUACUCUCAUUGGCUUUAAUGGGGUCAGGAUGCUGCAAUUAAGAUUUCUCGUGCAAAUAAUAUUCCUUGGGAUAAUAUUUACCUUUUUACUUUUGUAGAACAGAGUUUUUAUCUUUUGUUUUUGAUGUUCCUCCAUCUCUACCUUCUGCUGCCUGAGGUGGGGUGUCAGUUUGCUCUCAUUGUUCCCUCCACACACCUGCAAGAUUGACUGAAGAUUUGGAUGAUGGACAACAAUGCAGGAGUAGGUCCAAUAUUUGCAAUUUUUAUAAACAUGGUCAUAAAAGCUAUAUAAUAUGUUGUGAUUGGUAUCAGAGUUGCGCUGUUAGAGCAGCUGUGUGCAUGUUCUUAAUUUGUCUCAAGCACUGUUCAUUUAUCUCACGUCAGAGCUUUUUUUUUCCUCAUUUGAUAUGUAACAGUAUAUUCUGAAAUGCAUCUUUUACAUGUCAUGUUCACAAUAAAAUAUUUUUCAUUUGCA